GACGGGGAAAUUACCUGUCUGUGAUGGGGGAAUUGCCUGUCUGUAACGGUCUGUGAUGGGGGAAUUACCUGUCUGUAACGGUCUGUGGGGGGGGAGGGGGGGGUCCAGAUUUCUACCCCUAAACACUUCAACACUCCUUUCAGAUCGUGUUUCACAAAACAGCUGGUUAUCGAUUCUCUGCGCCUCUAUCAAAACCACUUUUAACUGCAUUUCACAAACAACGACGUUUGCAGUGGGUAAGGUUAAUGCAAGAUCAAGAUUGGAACAAGAUUGUUUUUUUCGGAUGAAUGUACAAUACGAUUAGGCCCAGUGAAACGUCGCUAUUGGCAAUGUACAGGACAUCAAAAAGUUAUUCGAACAAUCAAACAUCCCGCCAAGAUUAAUGUAUGGGACUGUUUUGCGCGAAAUGGUUUUGGUAAAAUAGUAUGUUUUCAAACAGGAUUUAACAAGUGAAUAUCUUUGUUCACAAAUCUAUGCAAAAGUACUUCGUCAUUCAACUCGUCAGUUAUUUGGUCGUGAUCAUGAUUUUGAAUUACUCGAGGAUAACGAUCCUAAACACAAGUCAAAGAAGAGCAAGGAAUGGAAACGUGAAAAUGGAAUUGACUGUUUACCAUUUCCUGCUUGUUCACCGGAUAUUAAUCCAACGGAAAAUUUAUGGAAUAUCUUGAAGAUUCGAGUGGCUAUGAAGAAACUCAACAACGUUCCAGCACUUAUUUGA